UUACAAUUGUGGCCAACGUGGCCACAUCUCCCGCUUCUGUCCUUAUCCAGAUCGUCGUUUGAAUGGUCAGAAUUUCAAUACCUCUUCUUACUUUACCUGCAAGUGGAGGUUCCACUGUGGGUACCGUCGCUCCUAGUUAUGGUGGUCAAACUGGGGGUAGUGGUUGGCUUGGUAAACGAGUAUACUCAUUGGAGGAGAAAGUUGCCAAGAUUUACCAGAAGCACGAGGCCGACGAGGCCAGGGAGAAGGCGGCACGUGAAGCUGAAGAACGUACAAAGAGAGAAAAAGACGCGGAAGAAAGACGGGUGCGCAAGAAAAAUGAACGAGAGGAUUUUCAGAAAUCGAUGAAGAAAAAAUUGUCAGAGAGUCUAGAUAAGGUGUACAAGGCGAUCGAUGGGAAGAAGAGUACUGAAGGUGACAAGAUGGGGAAGUUGAAAGCUACUAUUCAUGAUAUGCAGCGGCGACUUCAUGUUACAGGUACUUCUUCGGAUACGGUGGCUCAGGUUUCGGAAGUUGAUGAACUCUCUUGGUUGCGACGAGAGCAGGUGGAGAUGAAGAUUGCAGCAGAUAAACGACUGUCUUCGUUGGAGGAUGUGGUGUUGGCCUUACAAAGGCAGCGUGAAGAUGCCAAGGCUAAUGCGGAGAAAUGGAAGUCGGAGGCUCUCCGUCCUAGUAAUAAACGGGGGAGCAUCGCGAUUGAACCUACUCCUACCACGAAUGCGAAGUGGUGGGCACGAACCACACCUUUGGGUACUCCAAAGAGGCACAUAGAAGCGGAUUUGAAAGGGAUCGUCGAACGUCAUCAUAUGGAAGUGGAGGCGCUGCAGGCUCUGCGCAUCAGCGAAAUGAAUGCUCGGAAGGAAUCAGAGGCGGAGAUUGAUAGGCUAAAAGAAUCGUUGGUUCGUUUGAAAAUGGUGCAGCGAACGGGGACACGGGGGACGGAUUUGAAGUCAAAGUUAGACGAAGCAGCAGGGAAGAACGAUAACGCGGUGAAUGAACCAGCAUCUUCUGCGCGUAAGGGCAAGAAGAAAGCAGUGUCCUGGUCGGUUUCAAAAACUGUGGAUAAAGAUGUCUUUGUUCUAGCUAACCGACGGAAUCUCCGUGGGAAGAACAAGGAUGCCAUCAUGACGAUUUGCAAAAACGAAGGAGUGGUUUAUACGACGUUGGAAGGCACAAAGGAGGCCAUUGUCCAAGCAAGGAUGGCAAAAACAUUCAAUGGCGAUGGAGGAAAGAAUAAUAAAGGUAAGGCGAGUGUACCUGUGGAGGUGUCGGAGGAUGGGGAUGAGUCAUCUGUCAAGACAACUCAUGAUGAUCUGACUUUGUCUUAGUAUCCCUCCCGAGCACGGCUUACCUUUGGGA